AAAGGAGAUUAUAUCCAUAAGACCAGUUCAUUUAGACAUAUGAUUACCAAGGGAGGACUCUAUCCUCCAGAACCAAAUCGCUACCACCUCUAUGUCUCGUUGGCACGUCCAUGGGCUCAUAGAACGAUUAUUGUUCGUAGACUGAAAGGUCUUAGACAAAUAAUUGGUAUGACUAUUCUUGAUUACUUCCUCAGCUCUGAGGGUUGGCACUUCUCUGAGAGGGAAGGUUGUGAUUUGGACCCGAUAAACAACUACACCUACUUGAGCCAAGUGUACCAUCACGCUAAUCCUCUCUAUGAAGGUAGAUAUACUGUGCCUGUACUAUGGGACAAGAAAACAUCGACAAUUGUUAACAACGACUCUGGUGAUAUAAUUCUUAUGUUGAACUCUGAGUUCAAUCAAUGGUCCACCAACCCAUCACUUGAUCUUGCACCUCGAGAGCUCUUACCCAUCAUUGAUGAGACCAACUCCUACAUUGACGAUAUCAACAAUGGUGUAUACCGAUGUGGCUUUGCUGCAGACCAACAAGCUUACGAAACUGCUUUUAGGAAUGUAUAUUCUGCUUUGGAUGUCUUGGAGGCUCGCCUAUCAAAGACUAGAUGGUUGGUCAGUGACAGACUGACUGAGGCAGAAAUUAGACUAUUCACUACCUUGAUCAGAUUUGACAUUGUGUACUACGGUCACUUCAAGGUCAACAAAAGAAUGAUCAAGGACUACCCUGCCUUGAGUAACUACCUACGCGUCCUCUACCAGAACGAGGCUAUCAAACCCACCGUAAACUUCUACCACAUCAAACAUUGCUACUACGAGUCUCAAAGAUCAAUCAACCCUUCUGGAAUUGUGCCCAUUGGUCCAGAGUCAACUAAAACUAAUAUUUACUUUUACAAUGUCUUGAUCAAUAAU